AUGAAAUUCAGAAUUUUGCUAUGUGUGGUACUUUUAGGUUUCCUUGGGGUUUGUCAGGGAGGGGACCUCAAGAAAAAAUUCUACCGCGACUCGUGCCCUGAAGCCGAGGACAUUAUUAAGAGCAAAACUCAGCAGCAUGUGUCUGAUAAUCCCAAUUUGCCUGCCAAGUUGAUUAGAUUGCAUUUUCAUGAUUGUUUUGUCAGGGGUUGUGAUGGGUCAGUUUUGUUGAGCUCUACUUCCAAUAACUCUGCAGAGAGGGAUGCAAUUCCAAAUUUAUCUUUGGCUGGCUUUGAUGUCAUUGAUGACAUAAAAAGUGCAGUGGAAGCAAAAUGUCCCAAAACUGUAUCUUGUGCUGACAUUCUAACAUUGGCAACUAGGGACGCUGUUUCUGUCCAAUUUAAUAAACCUAUGUGGGAAGUUCUCACUGGUAGAAGAGAUGGCACGGUAUCGACAAGUGGCGAAGCCUUGGCCAAUAUCCCAACACCUUUCUUCAACCUCACCCAACUCAGACAAAGUUUUGCUAGCAAAGGUCUCACUUUGCACGAUCUGGUUGUAUUAUCAGGGGCACACACAAUCGGAGUAGGGCAUUGCAACUUGUUCAGUAACAGGCUUUAUAAUUUCACGGGGAAAGGUGAUCAAGACCCUUCUUUGAAUUCCAACUAUGCUGCAUUCUUGAAGACCAAGUGCACGAGUUUGAGUGACACAACCACAACGGUGGAAAUGGACCCUGGAAGCUCUACCAAAUUCAAUAGUGACUAUUAUUCCAACCUUCUCCAGAACAAGGGUCUGUUCCAGUCAGAUGCUGCCCUUCUAAAACUAGAUCAGUCAGCAGAUAUAGCAGGAGAGUUGGUGGAUGAAGACAAGUUCUUAACAGAGUUCGCAGAGUCAAUGAAGAGAAUGGGAAAAAUUGAGGUCCUCACUGGCUCUGAUGGAGAAAUACGGAAAAAGUGUUCGGUUGUCAACUCAUAA